GAUACAUGAACUUCCUCUUGCAAUAAUGGCAAGUAUGAACUAUACGGUAGAAGAUCUGAAUGCUGAAGUUACAAAACAUCUUUAUAUUAACACAGGGAUACUAUUGCUUUAUCUUUUUCUUGGAACUUUUGGAAACACAAUCGUUUUGUAUAUUUACGCACGUAAAAUGAAAAGAUCAGAGGAAAAGUAUUUUAUCCCAGCAUUAGCGAUCGCCGAUAUUUUUGCAUGUGUUGCUGGUGUUUCACUUGGUGUUGUUUCGAAUUUCCACAGAGCGAAUUAUACCUUGGAAAUAUUUUGUAAAGUAGGGUAUUUUCUUACUUGGGCGACCACAACUGUAUCUGGAAUUAUCAUCCUACUAAUUUCCCUCAAUCGCCAUCUUCUGAUUUGCCGUUCAACUGGACCACAACUAGAUAUGACUAAGAAAAGAAGAGCUCUUAUUUCUGUCGUAAUUAUUUCAUUAGUGACGUCAACACCAAUGCUUUACUUCUUGGGAGAAAGACAUUAUCCAUUUGUGUACCAUGGACAACUUAUUACAACUACUUUGUGUAGCUUACGCUUUACGGAUGGGACUAUGCAUAAAGUACAACUUGCUUAUUUCGCUUUUGAAAUUUUUAUAGCUUUGCUGAAUAUGAUUCUUACAUUUGCAUUUUACAUACCAGUUGGUGUAACAAUAUAUCAAAGACUUAAAGGUGCAGAUAUCAAAGCCAAAUUUUCAAAGGAAAAAUCCGAAAUUUUUACAGUUCAAGAUGAUUCUCAUACAACUGAUGAUCUGAGUAAGCAUCACACUGAAAUCAGUUUGUGUGAGGAGUCAGUUACCUUGUCAAAAGUUUUGAGCUCAAAGGACGACAAUACUAGUACUUGCGGACAAAGCAAGUCAUAUCCGAAAGAUAAUAUUAAAUGGGAUGCAAGAGACAAGUCAACAAGCAGGAAAAAGAAUGUAAAGCAGAGGCAAGCGAGAUACAACUUUACAAUGAUGUUUGCGACCAUCAUCGUAUUUUAUGUCGUAUCAUACAUCUCUUCUUUGGUUUUAAUGAUAAUUCCAGGGAGUAAUCCAGCAGAAUUCUGGUUCUCCAAGAGUCCCGUGGAGCUCAACUUUCUUGUCUUGUUACAGAGGGCUUUCUUACUAAAUAACAUUGUUAAUCCCUUUAUUUACAGUUACUUUGAUUUAACCUUUAGAAAGGAAGUCAGAAAAAUUGUAUGCUCUUUUAUUUCUAUCUAA